AUGCUCUUCGCUCGCUAUUUCGUUCUUUUCGCUUUCGCGUGGACUUGCUCGGCUGGUCCGAUCGCCCGCUCUCUUGUUUCGACUCCAGUCACUGCCUCCGCCGCUGCUUCAACCGGAAUUGCUUCGUCGCCUGCUGCGGAGGAAGCAGGUGGAAUCUUGACUGUCAUUCCUGUCACGCCAUCAUGGCUGCUUUCUUCUUCAGUGUCGGUGGAGACAUUUUCUACGCCUUCUACGUCUCCAUCUUCGGUUGGAUUUACCCAGACUGCCGAUGAAUCGUCCUCUAUACAGGGCGAUGGGCGGACAAUGCCCCUUGUCGUGUACGCAUCUUCUACAACGCCUACACCAGAGGAUGUCACCCCUUCUUCAGCACCCGUCACUGCGAGUCCGAGCCUGUCAAAAACAUCAAAAACACCGGAACUACCUUCAACUUGGACACUCUUUAAUGAGAGUACUAGCGGCUCUGUGCCGACUUCUGCAUCUCCAAUACCUAGUUCCACCACGGCCAAAACGAGCAGUUCAUCUGCCAAAUUGCCAGUCUCGUCUUCAGCCAGUCCUAGCUAUACAACUUCUAGCCAUGAAGUCGUGUCUAGCAAGUCUGUUCAGUCCUCCCCCAUGGGAGUCGUUGGGCCUCUCCGAUCGAGUCGCACGACGACAUAUAGUACACGCGUCCAGGCAUCGCAGAGUGCCACUCCGAUAGGGACUCAAUCAGAUGCUACGAAUAUAACCUCUACUUCGUCCCAAGAGCCUGCGUCGACGCAUGCGAGUACUUCCUCAUCACCAGUGUAUGAAAGUACCGCCAGCCCGUCAGCUGCAGCGGCAACAAGCCUACCUGUUGGCGCCGUCGGUCUCAUCUCCGGCUUGAGCAGUAGCAUAAGUCAAUCUACCCCAUCAGCACCCGUAACUCCGACUACGAUAAUGCCCACCACGACAUCAUCGUCUACUCUAAUCACAUCGCCUGCUACAACGGCAACUUCCACAGAAUCUGUUUCAGAUGCCGAAAAACUGCACACAGUUAUAGGGUCUGUGAUUGUCUGGGUACCAGGAAGUGGCGAGUCUGCGCUCACUACACAGACAAUUUUGCCCACUUCUACAAAGACUUCUACUCCUGAGACCUCCACCACUUCGCAGCACACGACUUUCUCUCCUGUCGAGGCCACUACUUCUCUAAGAACAACAUCUACUUCUCUCGAGGCCAUCACUUCGCACGAAACAAGCACCUCCACCUCAACCUCAACUUCAAUUACAACAGAAAACCCGUCCGAAACUACUCCCACUUCUACUUCCAUAGUUUCAACCUCGCCCUUAGCACCUACCACAACCCACGAGCCGGAAACCGUCACUGUGCAAGACAUAUCGACGAUAAAAGUGACGGUGACAAUUUCCGGCCCAAUAGUCACCAUCACCCCGGCCUUGUCAUCCACCAGCACCAGCGCAACACCUACAACCACCGAGGAUACCGUGGAAACAAUCACGAUCCACAACACAGCGAUUGAGAGCGUCACUGUGACCAUUCCCGGCCUCACGAUCACAGUCACACCGACGCCGACAACUACGAUUUCGAGCUCUACUUCGACCUUACCAGGUGCAUUAUCCGUGAUUCCAGUGACACCCAGCAAUUUCAUCACAAUCAUUGAGACCGAGACCGUGACGACGACUGCUACUAUGACAAUCUCGACGUCUUAG